AUGGUAAAUUUACAGUGCGAUCUCAGCGAUCAAGGUGAUGCAGAAACUCUUUAUAAUUACUUAAAUGGUUAUCUCUUUCCAAUCAAGCGUCUUCCUUAUGAUAUUACCGAUAUGUAUCGUAUCAUCGCAAAGCUUGGAUUUGGUGGCUUUUCAACUGUCUGGCUUGCCAUUGGUAUCCAUAAAGAUAAUCUCAAUCGAUGGUUCGCCAUCAAAAUCUGCGGGGCAAGCAAAAAUGAUGAUGAGAAGAAGGUAAAGGACGAUAUGAAAAGACUUGAGAGAAAGAGCCAAAAUAUAGUUCCAUGCUUGGAUACUUUCAAAAUCAAAUCUCGUCAUGAUGCUAGUAAGAGACAUCUUUGCGUUGUUAUGAAAGUAUCUGGUCCGUCUAUAGGAGUAUAUCUAAAGAACGAAAUACCGUCAUUCGACAAGAGAAGGCUCCUUGCAAUAAGCAGCACAAAAGUAAUCAUGGAAUUACAUCAAAAUGGUAUUAUUUUAGAUGAUCUGAGCUCCUCUAAUCUCUUGAUGCGAGUGCGUGAUCUUUCAAGAAUUUCGGAAACGCAACUGCGAGAGAAAAUCGGCGAAUUAGAAAAGUCGCCUGUAGAAACACAACAUCCCUCGAUUGAAAUCCCAAGCCAUGUACCAACCCAAAUCUAUGAGUCCAAAUCUCUAUCUUCACUGGUUGGAGAGAAACUGGAGCUUGAUGUGAUUGAUAUUCUCCCACAUGGUUCGAUUGUUCCACCAGACCGUUCGAUGGCCUUUACACCCGCCUAUGCUGCUCCGGAAAUCCUGGAAAAGAAGUCAUCCACCAUCGAGUCUAAUAUAUGGGGUCUGGGAUGUCUAAUUUGCGAGAUUAUGACGCUGGGAAACCUUCCGUUUGAAGGUCAACGUUAUGUCGGCCCUAGCCAAUAUGAUUACUUCGGUCGGGACGAUGACGGGAAGCUUAAACAUCUGCUCGAAGAAUGUAGCGAACCUCGUGGCCACGCCAGCGACCGACUCAACCCCGAACAAUUAGGUGACUUGGCAAAGUUACUACGACAGAUCUUUGUCAAGAACCCGUCUUUGCGUCCUUCAGCUAAGACGAUACUGGAAUGCCUGAAUGACCCCAAAUUAGGUAAAAAGCCAAUUUCAUCUGUCAAUGCGAAACCUAGGAGUGACUCGGGUGUGUCAUUUAGUAUCGGAACCGUAGUCGCCGCACCCCAGGCUCAGAUCAAGCCGCGUUCGAGUACGAAGACGCCGAGUACGCCAGCAAACACGGCGGCUCCAAGUAAACCGCAAACAAGCACAAAGACAUCGAGUCAGACGACUUCGAUUAAGAAGCCUCCGACUCCAUCCAUUUCUGGUGCUAAAAUUGAACGCAAGAAAACUACGACUCCAUCUCUUGCAACUACUAAAAGUGAACACAACAAACUCCCUGAACGCAAGAAGCCUACGAAACCUCCAGCUCCGUCGAUUCCACGUACUGGCAAUGAGCCUAAAAGGACUGCGGAGCCUCGAUUGAGAUCAUCAAGUCGUGAACCAGCCGUUCGCAGGAAAUCUUAA